AGUCUGCUGCUGCUGGCCGCCGGUGCGCACACACAUGGAGGGAAGGAGCUGUGGGAGCCUGCGGACGGGUUUCAAAUAAACUGCGAGCGCUGAACCGAGAUACUACAACGCUGUUCGCUGUGUGAUGACACUGCAAUCUGAUCUGUGAUUUGUGAAGUGUCCACACCACCGAAUCGAGACUUGUUUGUUUUUGUUUUUUAACUUAUUUCUGGCUGACUGAGAUGAGAACUGCUGAGGACUCUUCUGGAACGGUCCUGCACCGUCUCAUCCAAGAGCAGCUCCGCUACGGAAACCUGACAGACACUCGCACUCUCCUGGCGAUCCAGCAGCAGGCCCUGCGUGGAGGCAGCGGCGGCGGCACCGGCAGCCCUCGCUCCUCUCUGGAGAGCCUGACUCAGGAGGAGACACAGUACAUCCAGAUGUCAACACGACAGGAGCCCCAAGGCCAGGAGCACCAGGGGGACUGUCUGCACUCUGAGAGCUCCGUGUGCCACCUUUACCAGCUGCACGGGGAGGAGCUGCCCACCUAUGAGGAGGCCAAAGCCCACCUGAUCUCCCAGCAAGGACAGAUGGAGCAGGACGGCCUCGGCAUGGACAUAAUGGGAGGUCAAAGUGAGGGUCAGUGGGAUCUGAAGAGAGAGCACGCUCGCUCUCUGAGCGAGAGGCUCAUGCAGCUCUCUCUGGAGAGAAACGCACCCAGAGACAGUCUGGCUAUGAGCUCUUCACACAGCUACCCACAGCUGUACAAUACCAGUAAUGUUACAAACGCUGCGGCUCCGGACAGACAAGGGGGCCAACACUGUGCCGACCAGCGUGGACCCCCUCCGGACUAUCCUCUCUUUGCCAGGAUUCCUGGAUACAUGCUGAGCCACUCAGAGGAGCACGUUCAGUACCACCGAGACCCUCCUCCCCCCUUCUACUCCCAGCAUCACAGGUAUGUGUCGGCUCAGACCCAGGUGGCUCACAGCGGCAUCAUCGCAGCCUCCGGCAAUAACUCUGCUCAGAGCGACGUGUUGAUGCGGGAGAACGACCGGCUCAGGAGGGAGCUGGAAGUUUACGCUGAGAAGGCCGCCAGGCUGCAGAAGCUGGAGGUGGAGAUUCAGAGGAUAUCUGAGGCUUAUGAGACCCUGAUGAAAGGCUCUGCCAAGCGGGAAACUCUGGAGAAAACAAUGAGGAAUAAGCUAGAGGCCGAGCUUAAGAGGAUGCACGACUGCAACCGAGACCUGAAAGAUCAACUUGAAACAGCCACCAAACACAGAGCAGCCAAGGAGGCCGAGUGCACAAACCAGAAGGAGCACGUCUUUGCAAAACUCCUUGAACAAAAUGAGGAGCAGCAGCGGGAACGCGAACGUCUGGAUAGGCAGAUUCAACAUCUGCGAGUGUCCGGCGAGGAGAGCCAGCGGAGACGUGAGCUGCUGGAACAGGCUCUGGCCUCGGCUCAAAUCCGCAACCGGCAGCUGGAGGAAGAGCUGCAGAGGAAGAGGGCCUAUGUGAAGAAAGUGGAGCGGCUGCAGAGCUCGCUGGCUCAGCUGCAGGCGGCCUGCGAGAAGAGGGAAGCGCUGGAGCUGCGACUGCGAACUCGGCUGGAGCAGGAAUUGAAAAGCCUCAGAGCACAACAGUCCCAGAGCCAGACAUCUGACAGCACAGCUUCAGAACUGAGCUCGUCCUCGCAGCAGCAGCAGCAGUUGAGGGAGAAGGAGGAGCGUAUUCUGGCCCUGGAGGCCGACAUCACCAGGUGGGAGCAGAAGUACCUGGAGGAGAGCACCAUGAGGCAGUUUGCAAUGGAUGCAGCCGCUACAGCUGCAGCACAGAGGGACACAACCAUCAUCAAUCAUUCACCCCGACAUUCACCCAACAACAGUUUCAAUGAAGAUCUGCCUUUGUCUACUCACAGACACCAGGAGAUGGAGAACAGGAUCCGAGCACUUCACGCUCAGCUCCUGGAGAAGGACGCUGUGAUCAAAGUCCUGCAGCAGCGCUCCAGAUGGGAGCAGGGCAAACUGGAGAAACAGAACCUUCGUCCGGCCCGAUCCGUUCCCUCCAUCAACACCGUGACCAGCAGCACCGACAGUAAAGCUGUAGCAAAGAGCCUCUCAGAUGACCAGACAGGUGCUUCAGUGCUGCAGCCUCGACCCUUCGUCUCAGCCAAGAGCUCCAGCAGAGACUCCAGUACUCAGAGCGACGAGGCCCCGCAAGAGCCUGAAGCAGAGGCUGACAAAGGAAAGACGUCUGACGGCACCUCAGCAGCUUCCACUGAGGAGUCAAAGGCACAGCUCAAGACUCUCAAGAGCAUCAACAGCUCGGACGCAGAGAUGGUUGAAAUCCUGAUUUGAAUGCAGCUCAUAGACUAACAGAUGACAGAAGCUGUUGGCGGAAGCGUUAAAGGCCUCCAAGUCUGAGUCCAGAGUGUGGCACAGUUUGCAAGGAGAGCUGAGCUUUCCUUUGACUGUUUCUGCACAAACAGACAGUGGGAAUAUCCAAGGUACCUGGACAGUAUUCUGCAUCGUGAUAGGAACUGGGCUGCUGACUGUGCAUAUGUUGUGCAUGUUAUUUUUGUAGUUAUAUGUUGUAUUUAUAUUUGUAAAUGCUGCUCAUAUUGUUUGAGAGGUGAGGAUCACUCAUCUUGGUGUGCUCCACUUUUUAAAUUAUAUAUAUAUAUAUAUAUAUAUAUAUAUAUAUAUAUAUAUAUAUAUAUAUAUAUAUAUAUAUGAGACUCACUUCUCUGGAUUACGUGACUAUGUUUGUUUGGUUUAUCCUGAUUUUUCCAGUAGCAUCCCUAUGACCAUGCCCUCUAAAAGUAUUUAUAAUAUUACUCAAAAUAAGCGUCCUCUACGUUUUCAUACCAUGUUUGGGGAUAAUUCUGUUUAACAGGACCCCUCAAACCUAAAUUAACAGUUGCUCCUCACUUUAAAAUACAUUCGGGAGCCCUGCUCACAGCUCAGCAAAGGAUUUGGAAACUUCCUUUGAAUGUGGAGCCUGCAGAACGCCUCUUAAAAAAGCCUGCGAGGAUUGACAGCGUUUCACUGGGGUCUAAUUUUCCAGAUCCCGGGUUAAUGUUCGGGGCCUCACAUGACGACUGCGCAACAUUUCGCUCCCCUCCGAUGACACACCGGAGCUAAUCUUCUCACAUUCCUUGCCGAGGGAAUGCUCCCGUUAAAGAAAAAGGCUAUCUAAAGUCUGACCCCUCGCCCUUGUUAAAAUGGCAGGCAUUCUCCACAUGAUUCCUUUUCUGGGGUUGGUUAUUUCUUCUGAGCCAUGGUAGCUGGUUCUACCAUGAGCACAGAAAUGGUCAACUAUAAUUGGCCUGCAUUUGCUACUUGUUGUCCUCAUCACUGUGUUAUAUUCAGCUGUGUUUUCUCCAUCGCUCAAGUAUCUCACAUUUCCAAGCAGGCUAUACGCUUAACAUGGAAAUUUCUAUUUAUUUCUCCCUGCAUAAUGUAGGAUCACUGAACACUGCUGAAUGUAGACUCCUGUUUUCAAGGAAUGUGCUUUGUAUUUAACUGGAAUGUGCCACAAUUCAGAUUUGUUCUGCUCUUUAGAGGGAAAGGCCGCAAAAAUUUGCCAUCAGGGGGUUUCUGAAGACGCUAUUAUCCGGUUUCAAAUGUUGGCUUUCUUGGGUUUCCAUGUUGAUAACAUUAUGAACAGGAUAAUUGUCUGAAGUGUACAAAUAAUGUGUGACACCACAUUUAACUGGUAUUCCCCCUCAGGCUUGUUCAUCAUAUUUCCCCAUCACAGUGCAUUUGCUGGUGAAUGCAAUGUGUUCAUUUGAGUUACUGCCCUUCACUUGUUUUGGAAUGUGUUUACAAAAAUGGCUAUUUGAAGUGAGAGAAGUUAAUAUAUUUUGUAUUUUUUCAUUUACAUAUGCGUAAUUGUUUUGUUUCUUGGUGCCAAAGAUGUACUCUACUUUUAAGUUAUCACUGAUGACAAAUACAAAAGGUCCUGUUAAGGUGCCUUGCUUCAGCUGGUUGACCCAAUUUGAUGUUGCUGUGAACUUUUGUAGAGGAAACAUUUGUAUGUAUGACUUAACAUUUCACAAUAAUAGAAUAAAUUCUUAAUAUAUGUCUGAUGAAA